AUGGCUGCUCAGACCGUGUUCUCUGUGGGGAUGUUUCCCGUGGGUGUGUCUCUGAUGGAGGACGCUCAGAGUCUCAACGAGAUGAAUGCCCCUCAGCUGGUGAUGCUCGCCAACAUGGCAGCCGUGACUUCAGCGGAGAGCAACGGUGUAGAUGGGAGCGCGGGAGAUGAAAAGGAGAUGAUGGAGCUGAAGACGGUGGGAUGCAGCUACUCCGACAGCGAGGACGAGAACAUCAUCAGGUACAGCUUUGACAACCAGAACCACAGGGAGGUGUGCAUCAUCGAGUACCCUGAGUCUCCGGGCCCGAGUAUUGAGGCUGUGGUUUUGGAAAACCCUGUGGAGGAAGAGGAAGAGGAGGAUGAUGAUGGGAACAAAGCUGAAGACCUUUCCCAUCGCACUCAGCUCCGCCCCUCUACCACCGCCAAAACAUCGGAGCAGGUCGUCAAAUGCAAAGUCAGCCCUGCCCCUGCGACAGAGAGCAGCAAGAAAAAGAAACCGUUUCACUGUAAGCCGUGUCACUUCCAGGCUCAGAACGAGCGCGAGUUUGUCGAGCACCUGGGCACGCACGGCGUCAGCAAGAUGAUGGUAGUGAACCGCGUGGAGGGGCGGAGCAAGAACAAGUCCAAGGAGGUAGAAUCACCUGGGGCCCAGGAUCUGUCAGGAGGGGAGGCGGAGAUCAGCGGGGAGGCGGGGACAACAGGCGACAUCAAAGGCCUAAUCAGGUGUGAGCGGUGUGGAUACAACACCAACAGAUACGACCACUACAUCGCUCACCUGAAGCACCACAGCAAGGAGGGUGUGAACCACAGAGUGUUUAAGUGCACGCUGUGUCCGUACACCACCGUCAGCCAGUACCACUGGAGGAAACAUCUGAGGAACCACUUCCCCAGCAAACUGCACACCUGCAGCCAGUGCUCCUACUUCUCUGACCGCAAAAGCAACUACAUUCAACACAUCAGGACGCACACAGGUUUGCGCCCCUUUCAGUGUCUGUACUGCGACUACUCCAGUUCUCAGAAGACUCACCUGACCCGGCACAUGAGGACUCACUCAGGUGAGCGUCCCUUCAAG